AUGGUGGUUCGGAAUGCAAGAAGGACAAUCGACAAUUACCGCGAAGUAUUGAAGCAAAGGGAACUAGCCAAGAAUGCGGGAGCGCAGUCGAUUACAAGCGACAUCGAAACACAACACUCAACCACAGACCCAAACGCAGAGUCCGGCAUCAAACCGAACCCAACGCACACGCACGUGGACCCUGUCACCAUAACGUAA